GAAAGAAAAAAAAGCGCGUUCUUGUAAAGGGGGACGGCGAUACAGGGCACUGCGAUGCGAUGUCGCCUACGUCGCCGUGAGCGCGCUUUCGUGGGUCUCGGUGUUGGUGUGAGCGCGCGUUUAUAUUUUAGUGUUAACCAAAAAAAAAUACAAAAUUAAGAAAAGAAGGUAAAAAUGAGUGUCGGAUACCGUUGGGGCUUCUUCAUUCUCCUGCUCGGCACGACGCUUGCAAAAGUGAAGUCCUAUUCGCUGCCGUAUGAAGCGUCUGACAAGUGCAAGAACAGCACGACUGAAUACCUGAAUGAGGCGCACUGCUGCAGCAAAUGCCGUCCAGGAACCCGGAUGGCGACUUUGUGCACCAGCAACACAGAUACGGUGUGUGAGCCGUGUCCUGAUGGAAUGUACUCUGAUAACAUGAAUUAUUACCCAAACUGCUUCUUGUGUGCCAAAUGCCCAGAAGAGAAGGGCAUGAAAUACGCCAAGCAGUGCUCGAAGGAAAGUAACGCAGUUUGUGUGUGUAAGCCUGGUUGGUACUGCGUUUCUCAGGAGGAACCUGAUAAUUCUUGUUCUACUUGUGAAAAGCAUCGGAUGUGUGGCCCUGGAAAAGGAGCAAAAUCACCAGGAACAUCUACAGAAAACGUCAGGUGUAUUAACUGUCCUCCAGAAACGUUCUCUAAUGAAACCAGUUUUCGGAAGUGCCAGCCACACACUCGGUGCGAGCUACAGGGCAGGCGUACGCUCGUUUCAGGCACUACUAAAACCGAUACUGUGUGUGGCCCGGUCGAGAUCGUGAUCCCAAAAACAGUCAAAAAACAUCCUCCUAUUACCACAAUGUCCACGCCGACUGCUCCAUCCAAGCAGCCCUUCACUAAGCCUUCCAUCGUGGUUCCUCCGUACACCUUGACCAGCAGUUUCCCUGUGCUCUCAUCACAUCAACCCCAGGAUGAGAAAUUUACAGCCAUAUGGAUCGGUCUGCCUGUUGCUGGGUUGCUGGUGGUUUUGCUGACACUGACUCUCUGUAUUCGUCACAGGAAAGGUAAACCUGUAGUCCAUGCUGGUGCUGAAGAAGGACACUGUUGUAACUCUCACAUCUCGAACCCGGCGGAAAACCACGGACUGUUAGCGGAUAGCAGCAGUGAUCCGUCCACGGCGUCGUCCUCCGACAGUCAGAGCCAGGGCACGGGAGUGAGUCAGGACUGUCUCCACGCCGAGCACUCCACCGUCUCCAGCCCCGUCGUUAACCUCAGCUUCACGGCCACCAUUAACUGCCAGGUGAACCCGACUACGGGCUCAUGCUCCAUUCCCAUCAGCCCCUGCAUGCAUUCGCUGGAGCCUGAGUUUCCUCUUUCUCAAGAAGAAGAGCUGAGUGUGUCCUGUGAGCAAGAGGACAGCAAAGACGCCAUACAGUCAGUGCAAGAGAGUGGGAUGACUAAGUACUGAGACGAGGGGGAAAUCCGCUGGCUUGUCUUUCAUGUUAGCAGUGAAUGUUUAAUCUCAGGCUGAGCGAGUGUGUGUGUGUGUGUGUGUGUGUGUGUGCAACUGUGUAUAUAUGUGCGUGUGUGUGUGUGUGUGUGUGUGUGUGUGUGUGGGGUUUGGUGCUGUAGUGGAUCAUUAUCUGACAUUACCACUCAUGUGUAGACUUCAUUUAACACGCAAGCCCUGUUUUAUAGUCCACUACACAACAGAAACAGGUACAAACGCACCCACGCGGUUACCAUCAACACACACAUUUAUGAAUAUGCAAAUGAAAACCCUACACACGUACACCAACACGUUUCCCCUCAUUGAGUGCGAGGACACCGAGCUGACAAGGGGCCAAAGGGAAACCACCCCCUAGAACCAAAUGUGUCCGAGGCCAGCAUGGAGGAAGAAGAAGAAGGAGGUCGUGCAUUUGCCUGAAAGGGCUCAUUUGCAUACUGGAACCCGAUUGGUUCACGCGUUUUAUGAUGCGCAAACACGAGCAUAAGGAGAGCGUCUCAGGGCCGUGGCUUGUCUGCAUGAUUGUUCUCUUAAAGCAAGACAGUCAGUGGUGUUAGUUAAUUAGUAUCAUAAAGCUUUAACUCAGUAUUCAAUUGAUCAUCCUUCAGUGUUUUUUUCUGGGUUCUCAAAAGAUGUUUUCUCCAGGUUCUUUUAAGAGAUGGAUGAGUUAAUGCACGUAAUUCCAUUGGGGGGAAAAAACACAAAUGGUCAGUAUUUAUCAUGUGCAAUCGAACGCAUAUCUCAGGGAUGUAUUCAAAACAAUCACAUGACGAGUGAAGCCAAAAAUCAUAAGACUCCCCUUUCCUUCCUUCCUUCCUUUUUUUUGUAAAGAACAUUAAUUCGCUGUUAGGGUCAUAAUUUCCUCCUGAAUGUACAGACUAGACCUUGAAUGUCAAACAACAAGUAGUCGAGUUGCACUUUACCCACACGCUUGCUCUGAGGAAGUGAUGUGGUCCUGCACUGUGAAUAAAUAUGGAAGAAAAAAAAGAAACGAGGCCAGGGGUGGGUUACUGACGCCCCCUGGUGGUUAUCAAGAAAAGACUUGCAGGAUCGCGAGAGAGGAAACUACUGUAUACAUCAUAAACUUUAUUUAUCAAAAAGAUUAGUAAAUGUUAUUUUCUACUCAUCAAACAUUUUACCCCUCACACUCCCAUUUGUAGUAAUUACUAAUUGAAUUAAAGGGGAACCCUAAAAGGCGUUAAUUUUUUUGUAAUUCUUUUUUUUUUUUUUACUUUUGUACAUAGUAAAAAAAACUUUUAUACAGAAUACAUUUGAAAUCUAUCAUUGUGUCCUUUCUGUUAUUUCCAGUUUCUCGUUUAAAUAAAAAAUAAUAAUAAUUCAU